AUGAGUGAGCGAAAACGUCGAUCGCUGUCUCGCGCCGCUGAGACGUACGAUCUUGUACCCCCACCCGCCGAGUUCCGCAUAGUCCAGAACACGCACAAGACGGCGACCAGCAGAGAAUGGCUUUGUCUGCCGCGCCACAUGGACACCGCCCUGGCAGCAGAUCCCGAGGCGGCGCAUCCUCAUGACGACGGACGACCCGCAUCUAAGGAGCAAGAGGAACCCACGGUUGUCCUGCCUACUGAUGACCAUUUCGACGAGAACUCCAGCGUAGCUGAAUUCAACCGCGGUCCCGAAACUGGUCCCUUCACUGGGAACAUACUCCAAGAAGCUCUCGCGAAGCUUGUGGUGGUCAAGAUGCAUGCCCGGAUCGACACUCUAACGAACGAGUCUGAAAUCCUGAAGAUACUGCAUGACCUUGACCGCAGUGAGGCGUUCGUCGGCGCAUGGGUAGUUCAUGAGGUGAUAUCCUGGACACCGAUAUCGAGUUGGGUUGCCCUGCGCCCGAUCUUUGGAAAAACCCUCGACGCCUUUGGACAGGCUUGCCUUGACACGAACCGGAUGCCUACCUACUUCGUGUGGCAUAUCUUUUUAAGCAUGAUGUCGGCUUUGGAGUUCGUGCAUGGAGCUGAGAUUUCCCAUGGUGCUGUGAGCGGCGCGAAUUUCAUGCUCCAGUGCUCAUCGCCAGGCGGGCAGAGCUACCACGAUUGGCCCGAUGUUGUACUAACUGGAUUCCAUGCCGCGGACCUAGACAUCUUUGACAAUGGAAAGAGUGAGGACGUGGAGAAGAUGGCGAAGAUCAUGUACAACGAUGUGAUCACACGGUGGAGCGACGCCGGUCUGCUGAUGCAUUUCAUUGUCAUCGGUACACAGCGGUCUGACUCUCUCAUGAAGCUCGCUGCCGCGCUCAAAGCUCUAACCGAAGCGCCUGCAGAAGGAAAAUCACUCAGUCUUGGUGAUCUGCAACAGUGGAGGAACAUCGCGGUCGCUGAGAGGGCGAAGGGCGGGUGCUGUCCGCUUUGGAUCAAGAGUGCCGCGUAUGAUCCCUUGAUCACAGAGGAGCUCGAGGAAGCUACGAGACCGCCAUUGGUGUUGACAUUUGGGCCGAACUCCGAGAAGUUCAAGCGGUGGGAUAGAGCGAGGAGAACGCCUGUGGCAUUGCGCAAAAGGCAAACGAGGCACCGUGGCACCGAGAAGCACGGGCUUUUGGUGAUCAAGUUCGAGUUGCGGAGGGAUAAGUUCGCGAACUUAGUCAAUAGCGUUCGAAGGAAAUAA